AAAAAAAAAAAAAAAAAAAAAAAGAAAUCCGAGAUAUGGCCGAGGUAGCAAUCUCGUUUACGGUCGAAAAGCUAGGUAGCAUGUUGGUUCAUAAGGUGGCUUUCCUGCAAGGCGUGGCGAAAGAGGUCAAGUGGCUGAAGGAAGAGCUCCAGAGAAUGCAAUGCUUUCUGAAAGACGCGGAGGAAAAGCAAGGCAACGACGAGCUGAUACGCAAAUGGAUAUCCGAUAUCAGAGACGUGGCCCAAGAUGCCGAAGACGUCAUCGAGACUUUCAUUCUCAAAGUCGACGCCCCGAGAAGGAGAUCAAGAGGCCUUCUCGAGACGUGCGCGUGCUUACCCGACCAUGUCUACCACCUGGAUAUGGUUGGAGAAGAGAUCGAGUCCAUCCGGUCUAGGCUCAAAAACAUCAGCAAAGGCUGCGACAGGUACGGUAUUCAAAGCCUUGGCGAGCGGACUAUGACUACUAUGACGUCGUCUGAAGGCGUUCAAUGGCGACGCCAAUUGUCUCAUUGGCAAAAAGACAAAGACGUGGUGGGAUUGGAGGCGGACGUUGAAUCGGUGCUUCACAACAUUGUUUUUACGAAAAGGAAAGGCCUUGUCAUUGGCAGCAUUGUGGGCAUGGGUGGUAUCGGAAAGUCAACGCUUGCUAGGAUAGUUUACAACAACGACACGGUCGUCAAUCAAUUCGAGCGUCGUGCUUGGGUUUGCAUUUCAAGUGAAUUUAGCCCAAAAGAGAUCAUCAAGGAGGUCGUGUUGCAGCUGCUGGAGCCCUCUGAAGAUAAGUUGAAGGUUCUUGAGAUAAUGGAGAGGUCGCCGUUGGAGCACCUCAAAUCGAUGGUUCACGAACGCCUGCAAGGCAAACCAUAUUUCAUAAUUCUCGACGAUGUAUGGGAAUCAGCUCAUUGGCAAUCUCUUACAAGUGCUUUUCCUAAUGAAGAAGAUAUAAUGUGUUAUGACAAUGCUAAUUAG